AGAGAGAGAGAGAGAGAGAGAUAGAUAUAUAAUCUCAUUAUUUGUUAAUUUGAUGCAAACACUAAAACAUUCUUUUUCAACUUUUAAUAUUAAAUUACUGUUUUAGAACAGUGGUGGGAAAGGUCUCUUUAGUAACUAAACCUUGACUAAUGCUAAAUAUCCAUUUUAGACUUUCUAGAGUAAUCCAAAAUGAAGGAUACUGUGUGGUUUGCAGCCAAAUACUGUAGCUGUUUUCUUCAAAUCUGUGAUACUUUGCAUUAAAACAUGUCUCUUGUGCAUGCCACUGAGUCAUAAUUGUAAAUGAACUGAAAUGUAGCCUACAAACAUGUCACAGAGAAAGAGGAGGAUCAAAUUCUGUGGUACUGCUCUGAGCCGAGUCUGACAGACUGCUCUAGUCCAGAGCUCUCAGACCUGAUUGAGGUUUUAAUAAGUAAGAGUAAUAUGACCUGGCUCCAGUCCCCAUUUCUCUCUCUCUCUCUCUCUCUCUCUCUCGCUUUCUUUGUAUUUUCUCUGUCCUUUCACUCAGUGGUUUAGUGCAUCAGAAACACACAAAUAUAUUCCAGCUUUGGGAAACUUCACGGACUCAGACUUCACGAUUCAGAACUGAGAAGGUGGAUCAGUGAUGUGUAACACUACUCUAUUGCUAUAACCCUCCCUACUUUAACAAACACAUCAGCUCACACGGCGGUCGCGUUCCACAAAAAAAAAAAAAAAACCCAGUUUGUCUGAGUUUAAACCUCCUUUGGCUUAACCCUUAGUUGUACUGACGUUCGUCAAGAAUAAAACAUCAGUUUGCUACUGAAAGCAAACUGUAAAUCAGACUCUUUGACAGACGACAAGCCAAUCAAAGACAUAGCUGGCAAUGGCACGGUCCUUCAUUGGUGAGUAGCAGUAAAUGAUUCACACUUAGUGUCAUAGUUCCGCCCAGUUGUGAAACCAAACUUGUGCAGGCCGCUUGCUUUCACUGAUUGACUAGGCUGUUCUUCCGCCAAACUGCUGUCAGUGAAGGCUGUGAGAGUUCGAAAAACCAGAUGUCCCGAUGAAGAGUCAUCUUCCUUUACAUUCUGCUUGAACAAGCGGUGAGUAAAAAGGGUCCUUAUCCUCUGGCUGGUGUUCGCCCUGUAGUGUGGAGGGGGAUGGAGCGUGGCGGAGGAGAGAGCCCUCACUUACGGGAGAGCCCUGAGCGACGGGGGAGCAGCAGUCCUGAUAUUGGUGGCCCCCCACCAAAGAUGGGUCGUGUGGAACUUAACGGCAGUCCCACAGGUCACCGCGGUCGCCACAAUGGGGCCCCACAGAGACCUCUUUGCGGUCUGAUGAUUCCAGUCUUCUGUGUGGUGGAGCAGGUGGAUGGAGGGAUGAUAUCAGAUGGCGAGAGCCGGGAGGAACAUGCAGAGUUUGUGCUGGUCAGGAAAGACAUCCUUUUCACACAGCUGGUUGAGACUGCACUCCUCGCUCUUGGCUACUCCCAUAGUUCUGCAGCCCAGGCACAUGGCAUCAUUAAGGUGGGCCGCUGGAACCCCCUGCCCAUCCAUUACCUGACAGAUGCUCCAGAGGCAACGGUUGCUGAUAUGUUGCUGGACGUUUACCACAUGGUCACACUACGCAUCCAGCUACAGAGCUUUGCCAAACUGGAGGACCUUCCAUCAGAGCAGUGGAAUCACGCUACAGUACGCAACGCCCUCAAAGAACUACUCAAAGAGAUGAACCAGAGCACACUGGCCAAAGAAUGUCCUCUCUCCCAGAGUAUGAUCUCCUCAAUAGCGAAUAGUUCCUACUAUGCUAAUGUCUCAACUGCCAAGUGCCAAGAGUUUGGUCGCUGGUACAAGAAGUACAAAAAAAUAAAAGGGGAUUAUUUGUGGCAAGGACGGGAGAGCUCGGAAAUCAAGGUUGAAAGGGACAGUCUCACUGACUUCUGUGUCCUAGCCCAGCGUCCGCCCUCUCACCUGGCUGGUCUGGCGCAGCUUGGUCACUUGAACAGUGCCGGCUCUCUGGUGAAAAGUGGCUCUGGAGAACUUCAGAAUUCAGCCCAGUCUCAGCCUCCAUCACAAGGGCAGCCACAAACUCCGUCAUCUCACGGACAGCUCCAUCACAGUCCUCCGCUACGGGCUCAGGUGCCUCCUCCACCUUCGCCUGCGACCAUGCAACCUCUUUUUUCUGCACCUGGGGGACUUCUCUCACCCCAGCUCAGUCCACAGCUGGUGAGGCAGCAAUUAGCCAUGGCUCAUCUUAUCAACCAGCAGCUGGCCGUCAGCCGCCUCCUGCAUCAGCAUCCGCAGGCUCUUAACCAACAGUUUCUCAAUCACCCACCCAUCCCGCGGCCUAGCAAGUCCGGUUGCCCUGGAGAGCCCGGGUCCAACUCCUCAUCUGCGGAAGUCUCCUCUGAUAUCUACCAGCAGGUGCGAGACGAGCUGAAAAGGGCUAGUGUUUCACAGGCAGUGUUCGCUCGAGUUGCCUUCAACCGUACACAGGGCCUGUUGUCAGAGAUUUUGCGAAAAGAGGAGGACCCACGCUCAGCCUCUCAGUCCUUGCUAGUAAACCUCAAAGCGAUGCAAAACUUCCUGAACUUACCUGAGAGUGAAAGGGACCGGAUUUACCAGGAAGAGCGAGAGCGCAGCAUGAACCCCCCUGUGAGUCUGCCGCAAAGCACAAACCCCAGCCCUGGUGUCCCCCGCCUCUCUCAGAAAGUGUGGGAGCGCAGCUUCGAUGAACAGUUAACCCCUGACGCGUGGGCAUCUAUUUGGAAGAAUAAGACCAAAAUCACAAACUCGUCCAAAACUUCUGGUCCUAACCCUGACCUUCCCCUGAAACUGGAGACGCUGGUUAACAUCACCUCAGCCAUUUAUGAUGAAAUCCAGCAGGAGAUGAAACGGGCAAAAGUGUCUCAGGCGCUUUUCGCCAAGGUGGCAGCCAACAAGAGCCAAGGAUGGCUUUGUGAGCUGCUUCGCUGGAAAGAGAGUCCCAGCCCGGAGAACAGGACACUCUGGGAGAAUCUGUGUACUAUCCGGAGGUUUCUGAGCCUUGCACAAGCGGACAGGGAUCUGGUGUAUGAGGAAGAGUCCCGCCAUCACCACAGUGAACGGCUUCACACUGUACUACACUUACCCGCUGACCCUCAGGCACUUCACAGACAGCCCAUGCAGCCACUGAAGGACCACUCUCCCAUCCGAGAAGAACCUGUUCCCAGUUCUGGACCCGAAGAGAACCCUCAAGCUAAUGCAGGUUCAGGCAACAGUGGAGUGGUUUGCAACAUCACAAAAAAACCUCGCUCGCGCACCAAGAUCUCUCUGGAGGCAUUAGGCAUCUUACAAAGUUUUAUCCAAGAUGUGGGCCUCUACCCUGACCAGGAAGCUAUCCACACCCUUUCAGCCCAGUUAGAUCUGCCCAAACACACUAUUGUUAAGUUCUUCCAGAAUCAGCGUUAUCAUGUGAAGCAUCAUGGCCGACUAAAGGAGCUUGGAUCUGAGGGCGGCGGUGUAGAUGUUGCUGAAUAUCGUGAUGAGGAGCUGCUCUCCAGUUCAGAGGAUGCGGAAUCCAGUGAAGAUGGCCACGAGGAGAUGUACAGUGGGCAUGAAAAUGCACCAGCCAGAGCAGCCAACUCUGUUUCAACUCCAGCUGUUUCAUCAGGCCUGGAUGAGAAUAAAGACAAAAGCCUGCCUCUGGGAUCAGCCAGACCCAGCUCCCUGCCCCCAUGUGGUUCUUCCCCAAGUCCCCGAGAUCAAGCAGAAUAUCAGAGAUAAAACCUUCUCAACAAAGACUAUACUGUAGGUGGGGAAAGGCAAGGAGUGAGCACUUACAACUAUUCUGUAGUGGAUGAGAGAGUGUUGCGGACAGCUUAGAAACUUUUUGACAAAGACACAGUGUCCUCUGAAGACCUGUAAAAGGCAAACCAAACCAGACAAGAUCUGCAUUUUGAUUAAGGUGGCAAGUAAAGUUUUGUUUUUGUUUCUACUUCUGGCCUCAUACCUCACAAGUUACUUACAUGGGUGGCAUGGUACGGAAGCAAUCCCUGUGGCGUACUACAAGGAAAUAAUUUGGUUAGCUGGGAAGCAUUCAUUUUCUAGAUGUAAAUAAUCAAACUAACUCAAGAUCACCCCCAAGAUGUCUCAAGCAUUCAAACUUGCAUGCUAAGAAUGUCAAGAAGGCCAGUCUUUGUGUUUCAUUUCUAAUCUGAGAGCAGGGGGUCUCUCGCAAAAUACCACUAUACAUGCCCCCUCUUUAUCUCUACAGGGUUAAAAUGGCAGGGACAGUGCUUUAGAUGAGCCAGUGAUCUCCUAUAGGACACCAACAACAUCACUGCUGUCCGAUCAGGGAGCCUAGUGGGCGGCUGUGGCUGUCCGCAUCUUCCCCUCCAUGAUGGGGCAUUCUGGUGGUCACCAGCUGAGAGCUGUGCUUGACUGCUAAAGUGGUUGGUUGAGUUGGAGGUACAGAUGAGAUCUUGGGUCUACACAUAAGCCCAGCCCAGGAACACUACUAUAAACAUGUGGUGUGCUGAAAGGUCCACAGUUAGCCCAGUGGCGCUUUUGAAGACUAUGCCAUCCUUCCCAACCACAACCGUCAUUCCAAGCAGUCCCACACAGUUCAAGAAAUCACUCUUUUACCCCCACCACCCAUGCACACCCAAUACAGACUGUGCAAUCAGUUACUCCUGUCCAGUGGUUGAAGGUUUGCUUUAUACAGAUAUGUUUAGACUGAAGGUUUCAUUCCAGUUUUGCUCUCUCUACAUUUAAAAGACAGUAAGAAUAAAACAUAAUUGGCCGGAGGACUGACUGCUAUGGACAGAAGGACAAUAGCGAGGGUGCAGUCUAACUGCAUCUGCCUCGAGCCUAGUGGAGAAGAACCAUUUCCAGCAACUGUGCUUGUGUGAAAGUGCGGUAGUCCUUCUUUCUUCCAUCACCUCCCACUGCUUUCUCUUUUACUGACUGAUGCCCAUAAUGUCCUGAUUUGACCACACUUGCCCACACCCAACUCCACAGCACUAUUUAUUGCUAUCUUCACCCUCAAUUAUUAUUGUUGUUAUUGUUAUUAUUGUUAUUAUGGUUGUUCUUGCUGUUAUUUUUAGUUCUAUUUUCAUGGUCUAAUAUCAGCUUUUGGCUCGCAGCAGAUGUUUUGGUAAUGAGAGACGUUUUGAAAGAAAGUAACACUGCCAAAACAGAGAGGAAUGAAUUGGAAGCAGUUACUGAAGUUAAGUUGAGUGAAUCAUGUGAUAUAUCAGCAUUAUGUGCUUUUCCAAAGAGAACAGCACUUGGCAGAUGAGAUGUUGAAUAUUAAAACAAAAGAAAUAAGAGGAAUCAGUGGAAUUUAUAUGAUCUUUUUGUGCAUAAGAUGACAAUCCUUCUUUUGAGCCAGUCAGAACUCAGCAAGCAUUCUGAUUUAAACUUUGAUCAGUGUCACUUGAGGCAACAUGGCCACCUAUUGCAAAUCAUCCAUGACACCGUGGCAACACUCGUAUCCAGGGUUCUGAUUUGUUUUUAAGAAUCAGCUGCUACUUGCUCUUUCACGGGAAAUAGACAAAAUAUUGUUGUUAACCUUAUGCUAACCCUUAAACUAUUUUUGUGUCAAACAAAUGUAAAUUGUGGUCUAUGUCCAUGUUUUGUCUAUUACAAAUGGAAAUGUUUUGUUUAGAAUCUUUAAUGUGUAAAAAUGCUGAUGUGGUCUUUGCAAUUACUUUGAGCAUCCUGACUUUUUCACAUAGGCACAGUGUCCAUUUGUUUGUGGCAAAAUAGCCUGAUGUGGGUUAUACCUACAACUGUUGACAUUUUAGGCAACCUUAGACUAAGUUGUGCUUCUCUUCUGCUCACCUCUCCAGAGAGACUGAACUUCUAACAUUUUCUGUCCUAUUUACCCAUCUGCAUCAUUGGCUCAUUUCAAUUUCACUCUUGCUGUUUGUUUGAUUAUGUGAUUUUUCUUCAUGUUCACCAACAACAGUCCACAGUAUCUCAGGUUAUUUCAAUCUCUUACUAGUCAUUAAAACCCUUUAAUGUUAGUUACAUUUACAUAUCGUCAUUCUCUCUUUGUAUUUUACAGGAAAUGGUAAAAAUGGUAAAAAUAUCAUAUGUUGCAUUUGAUAAUGGAAAGAGCUAUUGAAUGACAAGACACACAAUCUACACUGUGAAAUCUUGGAUACCUGUAGGUUUUGCAAAAGGUCUUUAAUAACACGGUAGUGUUUGAUUUCUUGAUCUACACCUUACUUAAGCCUGCCAAUCAUUUCGUUUCGGAGGCCUACACCUCCCCUUUGGUUAUUCUCCGAACAUCAUCUCCAAAUCCCGCCACCCUGCUGAGUCUAGAUCAGCUGGAGACAAGCACUUCUGAUGAGUCCAUCCCCAUACACAUCCCAAAUUAUCCUCAUAAAUGAUGAAAGCAUGUGCACAUGUGUCUGUGUGUCCUAGACUGGUGUUUAACCUACCAUGGGGGUGGCUUACCACUCAGUGGGAGCGAACAACCACGCACUUCUUCUCCUCCAUCACCACCUCCUCUCCGUCUUUGUCAGAGUUAGUGACAAGUGUGAUGGCGAGGAGAAACAAAGAAGAUUCCAAGAGUCCCUGAUGAGCACUAGGUCAAGGUCACUGCCUAAUUAUCCAUGUCUUUCAUUUUCAUUCUGUCUUUUCAGUUUCCGUACCAUCCUAUCUGUUCCCUCAUUUUCUCGUUCACCAGGCGGGAAAGUAAUCGUUGUCUCCCAUGCUGUGGUGUCGAGGUUAAGUGGAAGCGAUCAUGUCUCCUUGUGGAGAGGCUAGUUCCAUGAGAGGCAGCAGAAUCCCAGAGUGGCAUGUCUGAGAAGUGUUGUGGUUAAGACGAAGGCUUGGUUGGACUCUUUAGUUUAGCCAUUUGUUUGGUAUCUGGUCGUCUACAAAGCCACUCUAACAUUACAUUGACUGUCAAAGGAUUUGAAUGGAAAAGCUGAAGGCCUCUAAGGCCACUUUCUUGUUUUUACAUUCAUUAUUUAGACAAUUAGAUUUAGAAAACCUGAGUAUUAUCAUUUAUCAUAUAAAUAAGAAAUUUACAUAUAAACAGGAAUUUCCUUAACCAAUAAAUAAAUAAAUAAAAUGAUUAGAAUUAUUUUCAAUACCCCAUGGAUUUCUGAGGAAGGAUGUUUUGUUAAUCUUGCUAAUGCUUAAGUUCGUCAUACCGUGCCUCUGAACUGAAAACAAUGCUCCAGUUUUUUUGCUUUGGGAUUACAAAAUUAGAUGAUCACAUAAUUUUCAUUGUUUCAUACUCACAAACGCCUACAAUGUGAAUCAGGAUUGCCACUUCUAAAUUCCUUGUCAAUCGAAUGCAUUGUCAUUAUCACUAAGUGAUAAUUAACUUAUGUGCAUCAUUUGGCUUCUUUGUUUGUAUGACAAAGUUUUUUUUUUUUUUUUUAUGCUGUUGUUUAAAUAAAGUGCAUUCAAGGAAAUGGAACUAUUGCAUGUGGGUUUGUUCUACCUGCAGACUGUUGACUAAACUGGGUGGUCCACAAGUCAAAUUACUUUUUCCUUAGUUCACAUUACGGUUACAGAAGUUAAAAGAAAGCUGUGAUUAAUGCACAAUGCUAAGUUGUUUUGAGCAGAGGGAUUAGAAGUGGAGACAAAUGAGUGGAAAGAAACAAAAUACAGUUUCACUUGUACAUUAAAGCAAUCUUUAAAAAAAAACAUAAUAUGAAAUGUUACUGUUUCAUGCCAUUUAGGAUCAUUUAAAUAAAUAAAUCACUUGAUACUGCAAUCUAGUGAGUAAUAUUCCAUCAGAUUGCUUCGAUGUCUGUCUGAAGUGUUUCUAUAAAUCAGACUUUCAUAAGUAAAUUCAUUAGAAUCAGACAUUAUUCAAAAUAUCAGUUUUGUCCCAACUGAAACAAAACCUGACAUUCAAACACAAUAAACAAGAACUACACUGAGGAAAGAUUCCUGCAUCAAUAAUUCCACACAUUAUUGCAUUUUACAACCUGUUUGCUGAAGGCUUUUUUGCAUUCAUUCUAUUGUGUGCUCUCUUGGGCUUAUUGUGGGGUAUGAAAUGCACAUUUACAUACAAGUGAUAAACUUUCACUCGCAUUUCACUCCACUAAAUUGCCUCAGCAUAUGUGACAAUUUUUGUUAUCAUUAUCUGUGCAAAGAUAAGAAUUGCUUUAUGUGAAACCCCAUCAGUCCCUUAACCACACGUAGCCCUUGACACUAAAGCCACAGCUGAGCUCAGAGUCCUCUUUCUGGCCACCUGCCAGGCUUCCCUCCUUUCCAUGGUUCCCUUCUUGCAGUGGUGUCCUCUGGUUUUCAUUCCACACCAGCCCUCCAAUCUCCUAAAUUGAAUUUAUUAUUCGCUCAAUUGGCUUGCUUUAACCCUUUCUCCCCCACUAGGUCCAGGCCUGUAUGUCAUUAGCAAGAGGAUUUUUUCAGUCAUAGCGAGAACGCCAGGAGCUGGAGGGGUGUAGCUAUAAACCCGUGGUCCCUGGCAGGAUUUGUAGUUGCAUCCGCUGAAAAAGCAUCAGCGCUCAUUCUAUGAGUGCAGUGGAGCCAGACCACCCAGAGAGGGAUGUGUGGCCCAGUUUGUUUUCUGGCUGAUGCAUUUUAGUCCCAGCUGAUUGCUUUGGCGACCUGGAUCUUUCUCUCUCUUUCUCUGCUCAUACAUUCACUGUCUCUUCCUCUCUGACGUCAAUAAAAUCUGUAUGAAUCA